AUGGAAGAUUCAUCAAACGUACGGAUUGAUAGGAAAACAUCAAUAGAAACUGAGCCAAGAACGCUGGGGUUUGAUCAAAUUCAGUUUGCAAGGGAGGCAGCUAGGUAUGUGCUGAAAACAAAGAAUAUAGAAGAAGCAAUGCACAUUUUCACAGAGGGUUUGGUGCCAGUGGUGAGUUCGAUUAACCAAAAUGGUGACGAAAUGAUUGAUUCGGAGGAACUUGAGUACUCAGAAGAUUAUUAUAUAAGAUCACAAGGGCCGAGGGACUGUGUCUCAGCGCCUUUUUAA